AUGAAUGCUCUUCAAAGUUAAUAAAAUCUAUCAACAAACAUAUAAAAUGAACUGAUAUAUGUUUAAGGGAAAAUCUAAACACAUAGUUAAUAAUUAGGUAAAGAUAGUCUAUUUAAGAUUUCAACAUCCAGUCUUGAUUAACUAGGAUUGUAUCGCAAAGUAGAAGUUUUCCAUAAUGCAUCAUAGUAUCAUAAUUACAUAUGUGAAUGGAAGGAUCUAAGCAUUUUGGAAAAUAUUAAUAAAUUAUAUAACGUUUCACCUAUUAGAUAUAAUGUUGUAACAAAUGGUAAUAUUUUCUUAGAAGAUUAGAAGCUAAGUACCCCUUUACUAAUUUAGUUAUCUGAGGACAAUUUUGUUUGUCAAUAAAUAAAUAUCGAAUUUAUGAAUUAAUUAAUUUCAGAAAUUUAUUCAAAAAAAUAAAAUCUUUAAAAUGGUAUCAACAAGGAAAAUAAUUAAACAAAACAAAAUUCUUUGAAUGAAUUAGCAGAGAAUCCCCUUGAAAGACUCAUUUUUUCAGGAAUGCAUGUAGAAAUAAACAAAUAAUAUAUUUAAAUCAUGAGAGAGAAAGGAAAACUGAAUAAAGGAGAUAUUAGAAUAUCAUUUCAUGAAAUAUAAAAAAUAGCAACAGCAACAGCUUUAGCUCUAAAAAAAAAAGAUUGUUUAACUUAAUUGCAAUCAUAAAACUCUGAUCAAAAAAUUGAAUAUUUUAUUAAUGGGAACAAACAAUCUUGUAAUACUUCAUUAUUUAGUUUUAUAACUAAGGGUUUAAUAAAUUAAAAAGAAUUAAAUGAUAUCUUCUACUCAUCUUCAUAAACUGUUCUUCAAAGUGAAUAUAAAAAAAUGGUGUUAUAUUGCAUUAUAAUAAGCUCUCUAUAUUUAUAUUUAUCAUAUUUCGUAGUUGGAAAAGAAUUCUAUAAUGGAGUAUUUAGAGAAGAAAUUUCAUAAUAAAUUUAGGAAAUGUAAAAUAAAUCUGAUUAAAUUUAGCAAAGCAUAUUUGAAGUAGAUAAAGACAUGCUAAAAAGUACACUUACUUUUUCAUCAUUACAUAUUUUUAACUUAAAAGUUGCAAGCGUUAUUAACCGGCUAUAUCCUUCUGGGUUUUUUAUAUUAUCUAUCAUGCUUAUAUGCUAUUCUUAAUUUCACUUUCAUUAUGAUGUUAUUAAUAAAAUAGAGAACGAUUUUAAUCAACUUAAAUUCAAAAAAUUAAGAUAAAACAAUCGUGAUAUGAUAAAUUAUUUAAAUAAAUCUACAUGA